AUGGAAAGCAUUCAGGACAAACAAAGGCGUUCGCCAUCCCUGAAAAUACAUCCGCCUUUGGUCAACUCAGCCACACCCUGGGCGACAACGUUGAAGGACCUCAACAGGCUCUACAGCUGUCCCCAUACAGGUGCAGUGACUACAAGAACCUCUCUUAUUCAUGGCUUCCCUCACGACCCGGAAGUACAUCAGCACGCCCUUUAUGACACUGUCGCCGUGUCCGGGGCUCUUCCCAAGGGGACAAGCAAUGCGAGUUUCAACUCACUAGGCUACAGCCCUCUGCUCCUCUCGGAAUAUUUGAACUUUAUCGAAAUCAUAUCUUCGCAGCAAGAGCCAGGAUCCAAGAAAAAAACCUUUAUCAUAUCGGUAACGGGGACACCACAAGAAAUCGCCGAGUGCUACCGCAUGGUUUCUGCUACACAAGCCAAAGUUGAAUCCCCACUGGCCCUCGAGUUGAAUCUUUCUUGCCCAAAUAUAGCAGGGAAGCCACCGCCAGCAUAUGACGGGCCCUCGCUUCUCGAGUAUAUCACUUGGCUAUCUGACCUCGGUCCGACAGGCCCGGUGAUACCCGUGGGCAUCAAGACACCUCCGUAUACAUACUCCACCCAGUAUGAGACGCUGAUCAGCGCUCUCAUUGCCGGAUCGCCUACAGGGCUCUGCCCCAUCAGCUUCAUCACCUCUACCAACACGCUCGGCUCCUGUCUGAUGUUGACCUCGCUGGAUGUGCAAAAGGGCCAAGGGCAGCCGCCGCAGAAAAACGUCCUGCCGGGCAAUGGGUUGGGCGGCAUGGCCGGGACGCCUCUCCACCCUCUAUCGCUUGGCAACGUCGCCACGAUACGCCGUCUCCUGGACGAGCAUCCAGAUAUGCUAGGCCACAUACAAAUCAUCGGCGUCGGCGGAGUUUGCGACUCUGGAGGUUACAGGCGCAUGCGGUCUGUUGGCGCCGCGGUGGUCGGUGUGGGAACCGGACUCGGCAUAAAGGGCGUCAAGGUGUUUGAGGACAUCGCCAAGGAAGUGCAUGACAACUGGUGA